AUGCAAUCAUUACAACACCGUCGUGGAUUCGUCGUGUUCAAUACGGCUUCAUCUUCCACUCAGCACCACCGCCUAGCCAACACUUGUUCUCAUCUCCGCCUUACUUUCUUAAUUCUGAUUCAACUUCAUUUGCGGAUCACUCUUCCAUCUUCGAUCUUCUUAUUCAUACUCAACCUUUCUAGAUCUGACGAAACUCAGACGAAUCCUAAGGAGCUCCGAUGGAUUUUCAACGGAUCCGGUAACGAGAUGCUCAGACUGAAUGUCAGACCCUUGCUAAGGCUGGCUUGUAGCUCUAUUUUUUUGGUUCACCUUCAAGUUUCACUUAUAGUUCAACAUAUACCUGAUGAGGAGGAGGACAUGACUGUAACGAAUUUAUGGGUUUAUCAGGCUCUCGACACGAUGCCAAUAGCUGAGGCUCUUCCCGGUAAUAUCUUUCUAAUUGUGACUUUUUCAAAAGCUUCAUUUCCUCUUCUCUUUCUCUGUAUUCUGAAGGGAUUGUGCAAGGGAAGAUGA